AAUGGGCCUGUAAAACCAUUUCUGGACAUUUUCUACCAAACCAAGUCCACAUUCCUUCUGUGGAAAACAGAACAAAAAAAAAAAAAACGCAUUCUAUGGCACCUUUAAUGAUGGUUCAUUUUCAACAUUAUCUUGUAUGUUAAAGGAAACAAAGUUUUCCAUCGCUGCUUCAGCUCUGCAUGUGCUCUCCCACACAAUCAUAAUUAUUCACAUCUUUGCUGUUGGACUGAUAGUCCUUAUUUACUCAUAGAUCUUAUGGCAUGUUUGUGGAUAUAUUCUGCAUUCCAUAGAGACACCAUAAAGUCGUGCAAAGGUCUGCAAAGGUCGAGAAAACAAGCUCUGAACAGUCCUUGAAGUUUGUGAUAAAGGUUCUUGUUCCUUUUCUUUCAAAUUCAUUUGGAGGGACACUAAUUGAUCUAUGCCUGUCCUGGGGUCAUGAAGGCUGCUCGCCUUGUGCUAAUUGGCCAGCUGGCAAUAGCUGUUUGUUUGGGGCUGGGUGAUGCCAAGCCAGCCCAGGCCCCGCUGCUGCGCCAGCGACCCUUCAUCGUGGUCUGGAACGCACCCACUGAGGCCUGCCGUCUGCGUUUCCACAUCGACCUGGACCUGCGUGUCUUUGACAUCGUGGCUAACCACAACGAGACCCUGAGUGGCCCCAAUAUCACCAUCUUCUACCACACCCACCUGGGCCUCUAUCCCUACUACUCCCGCGAGCGGCUACCCAUCAACGGCGGCCUGCCCCAGAACCAGAGCCUCGUCAAGCACCUUGGCAAAGCCCAUGCCGACAUCGACAGCCUCAUUCCAUGCAGGGAUUUCCGGGGCUUGGCCGUCAUCGACUGGGAGAACUGGCGACCGCAGUGGGUACGCAACUGGGGCUCCAAGGAUAUUUACCGCAACAAGUCCAAAGAGCUGACGAGAAGCCUUCACCCACGGUGGCCUGAGAGUAAAGUCGAGAAGGAGGCCAAGGAGCAUUUUGAGAGGGCCGGUCAAUCUUUCAUGAACUCCACCCUGCUGCUGGGGAAAAGCCUGCGGCCCGAUGGCCUCUGGGGCUUCUACCUGUUCCCGGAGUGCUACAACUAUGGCUACAAGCAGCACCCACGGCGCUACACUGGCGAAUGCCCCAGCGUGGAGCAUGUCCGCAACGAUCACCUAAUGUGGCUGUGGAGAUCGAGCACCGCCCUCUAUCCCUCCAUCUAUCUGGACUAUGAGCUUAAGUCUACGCCCAACACUCUCAAGUUCGUCCACUACCGUGUCAAGGAGGCCUUGAGAAUCGCCUCCAUCGCCCGCAGUGACUACAUGCUCCCAGUCUUUGUCUACUCCAGGCCCUUCUAUGCCUACACCUUCCAUGUGCUCUCAGAGAGUGACCUGGUCCACACCAUUGGGGAAAGUGCCGUCCUAGGGGUGGACGGAGUGGUGCUUUGGGGUUCCUCGGAGUAUGCCCAAUCUCAGAGAAACUGCCUGGAAGUGAAGAGGUACAUAGAUGGCUCCCUGGGUCGUUAUGUCGUCAAUGUGACCUCAGCAGCCAAACUCUGCAGCAAGGCUCUGUGCAAGAAGAACGGCAAAUGUGUGCGGAAAAGCCUAGACUCUGGUGCUAUGCUGCACCUCAACCCCGGCUUCUUCCACAUCCAACGCAACCUGGGGUCCCAGGGGCCUCACUUUAGAAUUAGUGGGCAUCUCAGCCACGAUGACAUCUUGGAAAUGAAGCACAAAUUCACCUGUCAGUGCUACCAGGGUUGGACGGGAGUCUUCUGUGAGGUGCCUGAGAGAUCCCCCUUCCCCCAACGCCCACGGCACAACUUGAUAGAACUCUUGGCCUUCCUUUCCCUUCACUUCUCUCAUUUGUCUGUACUCCUCAUCUUUUGUGUCAUUGUCAAGUGUCUCUUACAGUGGAAGGUGGCCUCCCCACAGUAGGUCAGAGUCACUGACAGAAUCCUGUUCCAUGCUGAAGUAUUAAAACAGUAGAUACUUCUCAUAAAAUGACAGACAUUUUUAA